AUGCCCUCCAUGACUAUUGAUGUGAGAACAACCCCCAAACCGACCAUGGACCAAAGUAUUGCCGUGAAACGCGAGAAGGCUUCACAAACGAUGGCAAACCUCUAUCUGCGUGUCGAUGCAGGUAGAAAAGUCAAACACGAGCUUGCAACUAUGAAUUACCUACGUCGCAACACCUCGAUACCUGUUCCCGAAGCUCUUGGUUCUGGUAUCUGCUAG